CAGUUAAUGUGUUAGCCUUAUUAUGAUUAUCUGCAGCGUCUUGUAUUUAUACGGUAGCCUAUCCCUCCACGAUUCUGUAGAAAAUAUGUUUCGGAAAGUGACAGUUUGUCUGACAUAUUUAUAAAUAUGUACAGCUAGCCUAGAUGGCUAGCUAACAAGCUAGUCAGCCAGCACUCAAGGAACAUUUCAAGUCAGUUACAUGAAAUAAUUUAUUCCAAACAGGAAAGAUGAGCAGCAACACAGAUUCUAAAGCUACAACCACUCCUCACAUUGUAAAGGAGGAGCUACUUGCAUCUGGAAAGUGGGUGAUGCUUGAGAAAACCACUUAUGUUGACCCCGCCGGAAACACAAGAAUUUGGGAGACAGCCAAAAGGACCACCAGACAAUCCAACACAGAGGCAGAUGGUGUGGGGGUAAUCGCCCUCCUGAAAAGGACCUUGCACAAAGACUCUGUUGUCAUGGUGAAGCAGUUCCGCCCACCUAUGGGAUGCUACACCCUGGAGUUCCCUGCAGGUCUGAUUGAUGAAGGUGAGAGUGCGGAGGAUGCUGCACUGAGGGAGCUGAAGGAGGAGACUGGUUACAAAGGGGAGGUGGUGGGGGUCACCCCAGUGACAUGUUUGGACCCUGGUCUAUCUAACUGCACCACACAGAUAAUCAUGGUAAACAUCAAUGGAGAUGAUCCAGAGAACAUCCAACCCUCUCAGCAACUGGGAGAAGGAGAGUUUGUUGACGUUAUCCUCCUUCCCCUUGAUGAAUUCCAGAGGAAAGUCAAUGAGUUGAUGAAGAAAGAAAAGAUUGUGGUGGACUCUAAAGUUUACAUCUUUGGCAUGGGCAUGGCUCAGGCUUUCUUCAAGCCCAAUGAACUCCCUGUGCUCAAACAGUGAGAGAGCAGAGAAAGGUGGGGGAAAAGGAGAGCCUAGGAGAGAGGAGAUAUGGAGAUAUGGAGGGGUGAUUGUGUUGGGCUGUCUAUGCAACCAGAGAAGGAAGCCAAAUAGUGGUGUAACAGUCCAGAAAGAUCCUGGUACAAAAUGUAUUACCCUGCAUCUUGUCAAGGACCUGCAUUCACCUGUAGUUGCACCUUUUGAUAUUGGUAGUAGUUAUGGAAACGUUCCAGUUUUCCACUAAACCGUUGCUGGACAGACUAAACUUCACCUAAAAGCAAAAAUGGUACUGUUCUGAAGUAAGUGCCUUGGUAGUGAUCUUAACCUAAUAAAAAUGUAACAAAAAACGUCUGAUGUUUACGGUGGUAGACCAAGUGACCAGUACUGAAAUGAAAAUAAUGCUUACAUUUGAAAAUAAACUUACAUUUUUACAAGUGG